GCCGGAAGAGAAGCGCGUCUCCUCAGGGCCCGCCAUCUUGUGCGGCAGCCAGCAGGGCGCGGGGGGCCCGGUAGCAUCCGCGCAGGAUCCCGCCGACGGGGGCCCAUCAUGCCCGGACACCUGCAGGAGGGCUUCGGGUGCGUCGUCACCAACCGCUUCGAUCAGCUUUUUGAUGACGAGUCCGAUCCCUUCGAGGUGCUGCGCGCGGCGGAGAGCCGGAGGAAGGAGAGCGGCGGCGGCGGCGGCGGGAGCCAAGCGGGCGGCGGGGCCCGCGGGCCGGCGGGCGCUCAGAGCGGCUCCUCGGGCGGAGCCGGCGGAGCGGGCCAGGCUGGUGGUGGUGCGGGCAGCGCGGCCAAGCAGCUGCGCAGGGAAUCGCAGAAGGAGCGCAAGAACCCGCUGCCGCCCUUCGCCGGCGGGGAGCGCCGGGAGGAUGGCGGGGGCCAGCCCGGAGCGCCGCUGCGGAAGGAGGGGAUAAGGAGGAUUGGCAGGAGGCCUGAUCAGCAGCAGCAGCAACAGCAGCAGGGCGAAGGCAAACCCAUCGACAGGAGACCCGAGCGACGACCUCCCCGCGAGCGCCGCUUCGAGAAACCCGCCGAGGAGAAGGGCGAGGGAGGAGAGUUCUCUGUGGAUAAACCCAUCCUGGACCGACCCAUGCGUGGACGUGGAGGCCUGGGCCGGGGCCGCGGCCGCGGGCGCGGGAUGGGCCGAGGAGAUGGGUUUGACUCUCGUGGCAAACGGGAAUUUGACAGACACAGCGGCAGCGAUAGAUCUUCUGUUUCACAUUCACAUUUCAGCGGCCUAAAGCACGAGGACAAGCGCGGUGGCAGCGGAUCACACAACUGGGGAACCGUCAAAGACGAGCUAACUGAAUUGGAUCAGUCAGCUGUAACUGAGGAAACGCCGGAGGGAGAGGAGCAUCCGCCUGCUGAUUCUGAAAAUAAAGAGAAUGAGGUUGAAGAAGUUAAGGAAGAAGGCCCCAAGGAGAUGACCCUGGAUGAGUGGAAAGCCAUUCAAAGCAAGGAUCGUGCAAAAGUCGAGUUCAACAUCCGCAAACCAAACGAGGGAGCUGAUGGGCAGUGGAAAAAAGGAUUUGUGCUCCACAAGUCAAAGAGUGAGGAGACAAAGGCGAUGACAGAAAUGCAGGGGAGUCUGCUGGAUUCAAAUGAGGCUCACGCUGAGGACUCGGUGAUGGAUCACCACUUCCGCAAGCCCGCCAACGACAUCACGUCCCAGCUGGAGAUCAACUUCGGGGACCUGGGGCGCCCCGGGCGCGGCGGCAGAGGCGGCCGGGGGGGCCGGGGCCGCGGGGGCAGGGCCAGCCGUGGGGGCAGGACUGACAAGUUGGUCAAGGAGUUUGAUGUGAUCCACACGCCCAACCAGUCAAGUGCUUCUGCUCCUGACGUAGAUGACCCAGAGGCUUUCCCAGCUCUGUCCUAAACUGGAUGUCAUAAAGCCAACCCUGCCCUGGUCGGGCCUUCCUCUCCGAGGCUUGCAUGCUUAAGGAUCCUAAAACAACUAAGAAAUUGAAAAAAAAAACAAAACAAAAACAAACAAAAAAAAAGAGACUGUCAUUCAUACCAUUCACACCUAAAGACUGAAUUUUAUCUGUUUUGAAAAUGAACUUCUCUCGCUACACAGAAGCAACAAUAUGGUAGUCAAGUUUUGUAUUUAGAAAUGUAAUGGUAGCAGGGAUGUUUUCAUAAUUUUUUCAGAGAUUAUGCAUUCUUCAUGGAUACUUUUUUGUAUUGCUGCUUGAAAAUAUGCGUUUCCAAACUUGAAAUAUAGGUGUGAACAGUGUGUACCAGUUAAAA